CUGUGCAAAAUGACUCUUGCUGCCACUGGACUCCAAUUUAGCCUCCGCUUUUUCUCUCUCUAAAAGCCAGGAAGGAGUAAAGAGGGGGGUGGAAGAGAAAGGGCUACAAAACUAUACUGCAGUGAUCAAAAUUUCAAGAUCUACAGAAAAAUAGUACCUGAACAGCGAAAUAUUUUAUACCGUAGUUAGCAAGUUAGCAAUCAAUCCAAGGGUUGAAUUGAAAUGGCGCAAAACAGCAAGAGGACGUUGAUCUAUGCGCUAGUGGCGCGUGGGACGCCACCGGUGAUACUGGCGGAGUAUACAGAGUUCAGCGGCAAUUUCAGCUCCAUAGCUUACCAGUGCCUUCAGAAGCUUCCUUCUUCCAACAAUAAGUUCACCUACAAUUGCGAUAGCCACACCUUCAAUUAUCUUGUUCACGAUGGCUUCACAUACUGUGUGGUUGCUGAAGAAUCAGCAGGAAGACAGGUUCCUAUGGCCUUUCUGGAGCGUAUUAAGGAUGACUUUGUAGCAAUUUACAGUGGUGGAAAGGCUGCAACAGCUCCUGCUAAUAGCCUUAGCAAGGAAUUCGGACGAAAGUUGAAGGAACAUAUGCAGUACUGCACCGAGCAUCCUGAAGAGAUAAGCAAACUUUCAAAAGUGAAAGCACAGGUUUCAGAAGUUAAAGGUGUUAUGAUGGAAAAUAUUGAGAAGGUUCUUGAUCGUGGGGAGAAGAUAGAGCUUCUUGUGGAUAAGACUGAGAAUCUUCAUCAUCAGGCACAAGACUUCAGGAAUUCUGGAACAACACUUCGGAGAAAAAUGUGGCUUCAAAACAUGAAGAUUAAACUCAUUGUUUUGGCUAUUGUGGUUGCCUUGAUCCUCAUCAUAGUUCUCUCUGUCUGCAAGGGAUUCAACUGUUGAAAAUGAAUAUUAUCUGGCUACGACAAAUCAUUUGUAGACGUGUGCUGAUCUUGUUGCCAAAGCAUCUUAGUUGAUUUGACUGCCAAGAAAUCUGUUAUUAUAUGUACGUACAGAAAUAUCUGUAAUAUUCAUAUAUUGCUGCAAGAACUAUUUUUCAUCAAAGAAGUUAUAUUACAGUCUAAAUUGUGUAUUUGCUAACAUUUUGUUGCAACUUCUCUGGCAGUAUCUGCACCCCUUUCGCUUCCUC